GGAAAAACAUGAUAUACAUCCCACACCACGGUGUAUAUAAUGAAAAUAAACCUGGCAAGAUCCGAGUUGUGUUUGAUUGUGGGGCUGAGUUUGACGGGGUUUCAAUCAACAAAAUGUCUGGACCUGAUCUAACCAAUCAACUUGUAGGAGUUGUGAUGAGGUUUAGAGAAGAAUUAAUUGCAUUCAUGGCAGACAUAGAAAAAAUGUUUUAUCAAGUGAGAGUUUCUGAAAAGCAUAGAAGUAUGUAUCGUUAUUUGUGGUGGCCACAAAACGAUAUCAAUCAAGGUCCAGUAGACCAUGAAAUGUGUGUUCAUGUGUUUGGAGCAGCAGCAUCCCCUAGUUGCAGUAAUUAUGCCCUUAAACGAACUGCAACCGACUUUAUAGAUCUAUUUGGAAUUGCAGCAGCUGAAAUACUAAGAAAGAACUUCUAUGUAGAUGAUUUAUUAAAGUCUGUGAGGGAAAGAAAAGUGGCGAUUGAAUUAAUAAAGCAGGUAGUGAAUAUGUGUCAAGCAAGAGGAUUUAACCUUGUGAAAUUUGUAUGUAAUGAUUUCAACGUUUUAGAAAGCCUUCCAGACGACAAGAAGAAGAUUUCAUCUUCACCACUCGAUAUUAACACUUGUAGUGACCCAACUAUGGAAAGAGCUCUUGGAAUUUCGUGGAAUUUGGAAAACGAUUGUUUUGAGUUCAAGGUUACAUUUCGUGAAAAGCCCAUGACACGCAGAGGGAUGUUAUCGAUGCUAAGUUCAAUAUAUGAUCCAUUAGAAUUUAUUGGACCGUUCAUUCUUCGAGGUAGAAGAAUAAUCCAACAUCUGUGUUGUGACAACUUUGGUUGGGAUGACAGAGUACCAGUAGACGUUGUGGAGAAUUGGCAUACGUGGAUAAGUAAUGUUAGAAAGUUAGAAAAUGUCAAAUAAAUCGAUGUUUUCAUCCAAAAGAUUUUGGAGAAAUAGUUAAGUCUGAACUACAUCAUCUUUCUGAUGCAUAUAGUAGUGGUUAUGGUCAGGUGUCUUAUUUGAGGAUAAAAAAUGAAAGAGGGAGGAUACAUUGUGCCUUUGUAUCUGGAAAAUCAAGAGUGGCCCCAAAGAAGUUUAUAUCAAUACCACGUUUGGAGUUAACCGCUGCUGUUUUGUCGAUCAAGAUGUCCAAGGUCAUAAGGAAAGAAUUAACAUAUCACAUAAAUAAUGAAUUCUUCUGGACGUAUAGUCAAGUCGUUCUGAGUUAAAUUUGUAAUUCAGAAAAGAGAUUUAAAAUUUUUGUGGCAAAUCGGAUUCAAAUCAUUAAGGAUAACUCAGAUGUUAAUCAAUGGCAUUACAUAAACACUAAGGACAAUCCAGCUGAUUAUGCUUCUCGAGGAAUAAAGGCUGAUCAAGACAAGGCAGAAAUAUGGUUUAAUGGUCCAAGCUUUCUUUGGCAGCCGAGACAUGUUUGGAAACAACCUGAUGUUGCUGCAGAAAUAUCGGAAGAUGAUCCGGAAGUUAAGAAGUCUGUGCAUGUUAACAUGAUUACUAUCCAGAAUGACGUGUUGUCAAGAAUUGAAAACCGCUUAUCAAGCUGGGAGAAAGCAAAAAGAGUAUGUUUUUAAAUACAUCUUUACUAGCUGUUUCCCGUGGAAGAAUCCACUGUAUUCCAUUUAAUUUAUGUAGCAGAUAUAUGUCCAUCAAAAAUCAAACAAUACAGCAGUGCGCAUCUUACAUCUGCAUUAUUAUAUAAAUGACCAAAAAAAUUAAAGGUUUUCAACAACUGCAGUAUUUAUGUGACAUUUAAAAUCUAAAUCUACUAAAAUUACUUGCUCUGACCAUCUGACAAAUGCGAAAAUUAUUCGGAAAGAAGUUUUCAACAUACAUCUCACCCAUAAAAUUUAAAUCACUCAAAACGCCACAUAUAUACAAAAAAGCUGAUCAAUGUCAAACACAAAUCUCUCUCAUUGUAUAUGUUAAAAUCAGUUAGUUUAUUGCAAACCCUGCCAAAGGUUGACACACAAUGUGAAAAAUAAACAAUAAAUUGUGCCUCUGACAGAAUUUUAUCUAAGGUGAAAAAAAGGGAUUUGCAAGGACAAAUUACAAUGCAAUAAAACAUUAUUUGAUAUAUUGCAUACAGUCCUUCCUCACCAAACUUUAGACAAAAUGCCAACAAAAUAACGGUGUUUAAAUCUAAAAUUAAUAAAGUCCUUUUAGCAAUUUGCAUGCUGUUUUACCAUCAAUAAAGUAAACAAAAUUUCAAAUCUCACAUAGUAUUCUGUCACAAAUUUUCAUAAAAAAUAUAUAUAAGUCAUAAUGAGUCAUGUUAAACAACAGCUGUAUAUAAGUUCAUUUUAUGUCAAUUUUUGCACCAAUUUUGCAACACAAAAUACAAAUUCUAAAUAAUACUAAAAUCUCUUAUUUUGGUCCUUCGCAUACCGAAGGUCUCCCACAAAAGUUUAAUCAAAAUGUAAAAAAUGAGAGGUAACGACAAAAUCAAAGUUUGCAAAAUUUAACUAUUUCAGUACAUAUAUCUACUGCAUAUGCCCUCUAAAACAAUAUUUUAAUCCAAAAUGCCAAAGAAAAACAGUUUGCAACAAAAAUCAGUUAUUUCGAUAAUAUUGCAUACACUCUUUCCUCACAAAAGCUUCACAAACUGUAAAAAAAAGAAUGGUUGUAGGGAGUGCUUCUGAUUCAACAAAAAAAGUUUUUUUGACAUAUUGCAUCUAGCCCUUACCCAUUAAAUCUUACACAAAAUUUCCAAAACUAUAUACGAUUUAGAACACAUCAAAUUUAAAUCGAGAAGGAUCAGUCAUUUCGAUAUAUUGCACGGAGUCCUCCCCAGUAAGAAUUUAUACAAAAUAUAGAAAAACAAAGCUUGCAAGGUGUAAAAUUGAAUUCUUCUUCUGUGUAUAUAUAUAUGGUCCUUCCUCGCAAAAUUAACAUAAAAUGUCAAAAAGGUGCAGAUAUAACAUCUAACACAACAAAAAUCAGUUAUCAGUAUAUGUCAUGCUAUUGUCUUCCACCAAAUGUUCCCCUUAAGGUUUCACAGACACAGCCUGUAAAUUAAAAACAACUAAGAUCAGGUAUUUUGGUCUAUUUCAUACCAUUCUGUUCCAAAUAACUUAUAAAAUGUAAAAAUUGAGUGGUAAAACAGAAAUGUCAAAAAGAAGAAAAAAAUAGCUUACAAAGAGUAUAAAAUUGAAAUCAACAAAGUAGCUCUUUUGGUGUAUUAAAUAUAAGCCAUACGCACAAAAGUUUACACUAAAUGUAAGAAAAUGGUAGUGUUUAGUAAUUUUAAAUUAAGAAAAGUCAGUUCUUUUAGCAUGCUGAUUAAGGUUUUUGCCCACAAUUUGAAACAAAUUAAAUUUACAUUUUAAAAAUAAGUAAUUUCUGAACUUUAUUUUCAGAAUAUUUGGAGGAAAAGAACUUCGCAAACCAAAAAAAACCCAGGAAAAUGUUUAAAAUUUUCAGGGUUAAUAACGUUAGAUGUGUUUUGUGGGAAUAUAUAUACUGGGAAUCUUUAGUUUAAAGCUAGCAUUAGCUAGCUACAGCAGCUAAUAGCUAGUCACUUAAAUAUAAACUGGAGACUUAGCUAGGUAUAAAGAACAUGGCUACAUAUAUAUAUAUAUAUUCCUAGCUAGCUAGCUAGCUAGUUGUUGGUGGUGGUUGGCUUUUUAUGAUGCUAGCUAUAAAACAUGUGUGGCAACAAUAAUAUAAUCAAAACUGAAAAUAAAACAUGAAAAAACCUUACAGAUAUAUCAACCAGUCCAUUCCGAAACGGAUUUGGAGACCUAGGUUUAGGAAACUUGCCCAAAUUGGUCCCAGGUGGUCCCUAGUUAGACACGCAGUGAAAAAUCAUUGACGUCACAACCUCGUUUCCAUGUUAUUUGGCCUUAAAGUUGUAAGUGCACUGUAAUGGCUUCACUAAUUAACUUUCCUUUGACGUCAAUACUAUUUAAACAUUAAAGUUUGGUAAAUUACAGAACAAUUUUAUAGGCAAUGUUUUAUAGAAUUUGUUAAAGAAAAUUGUGAAGAAUAUAAUCCACUUUGCAAAAUCACAGACAGACAGACAGAUAGACAGAACUGGCGUAUUAUUAUAUAGACUAGUCAAUAAGGCCCGUGGAAGAAUCCACCUAGGCAGGAUAACAGAGAAAAACAACCGUCAUUUAAAUUUUGCUGACGUCAGCACUGACCCGUCUACUUACCCCCCCCCCAAAAAAAAUUUUUUUUUGAGAAAUUGUUGUCUUCAUCGUUUAGAUCUUGAAAUGCUGAUCAAGAAAAUGUAUAGGAUCUUCCUUUUCACAAACGGUUGCAGAGAUGUUAGGGUUUGAAGGUUGUUUGAUGACUCAUCAACCCGUGCAUUCCGAAACGGAUUCUGGGACAUAGGUUUCGGAAACUUACCCAAAUUGGUCCCAGGUAGUCCCUAGUUACCCACGCAGGAGAUGACGUCAGUUAUUUCCACCUGUUUCCAAGUUAUUUAGCCUUAAAUUUUAAAGUGCAAUGCAAUGGCUUCACUAAUCUUAAUAUACUUUCCUUUGACGUCAAUAUUGCUCUAACGUCAAAGUUUGCUAAUUUACAGAACAAAUUUAUAGGCGAUGUUUUAUAGACUUUAUCAAAGAAAUUUUAUCCACUUUGCAAAAGUGACAGACAGAACUGGCGUAUUAUUAUAUAGAUGGCGUAUUAAAAUAAUGCAUUCAUUUUUAUCACUAAAUUUAUUUUUCUUACUUAUGGUAAUAAAUAAAAGUAAUUCAAUUAAUUAAAGAAAUAAAUUAAUUUUUAGGAUUUAUUUUAAUCAAUAAUUUGAUUUGCGACUAAACAGCCCCCUGGUUUAUAAAAUUCGCGGAAAGAUCAAAGGAAUAUCGGCAACCCUUUUGAACAGACAGACAGACGGAAUACGGCUAUUAUUAUAGAGACAAUCAGUAUGUAAAUGUUAAAAAAAUGCAAACUAAGAUUCAUGACUUGUUGCUUCCAUAACUGAGUCCAAGAGCGAGGCACCAAGAUCAAAAAGACUUGUCACACUACCAAUAACAUCUCUACAAUAAUAACGAUAAAAGUUAGAAUCCCUACUCCAAGUGCCAUACUUUAAAAUGACAUCUAGAGGUACCCCGGUAAUUUUUGCUUUACUCCUAGAGGCUGAACGACAACUGCCUGGGGAAAAACACUGGUAUCAAUACCAGCUGAGGUCAUAGCUGAUUUUAUCCAUCUUGGUAGUGUAUCCUUAGAGGCAGCAUGAUGAGGUUUCCCAAAAGUUACAAAAAGCGGAGCAAUUUCCUUGGAUAUCAUUGGUCUCUUUUUGACAGAUCAACUGUUAUCAAACCAUGCACCAUCAGCAUUUUCGAAAAAUUUUCUUCAACGAGAGAGUAAAUUUUAAAGGAUUUUAUUGGCCUGCUAUGAAUUGGAAUCAAAUGCACAAAGAACUACUAUGCAGAGAGAUACUGAUGUAUGAGCCAUUCACUUACAAGUUUGGAACGGUGCAAAGGGGCGAAUCCUGAAAUCUCAUCGCAGAGAACUUAAACAGCCUAGAUGUAAAGCGAAAAUUUCAGGUUGCCCAACGUGGGGUUCGAGAAUAAUAUCAAGCCCUUAAACGUUCAUACCUUCAAAGGAUGGCAGCUGAGGAAAAAGCUACAGGAAUCUCCCCUGAUGAGCCAUCUGAUUUGGAUAAAGCACUUGCAGAAAUUAUUGACAAAUUUAAAGAAAUUGAUCUAACAGACAACAAAAAGGUAUCUGACGAAAA